UGUCACGUGUGCCUGGACGGUCCCAUAGAACCAGAACCCAAACAACUGCUUUAAUCUAUCUAAAUAUUUUCAAUUCCAGUCAACGGUACUUCCAAUGCACCCAGUAAAUUCUAUACCGAUAACAAUGCGGUGUUGUGGAUGAAAAGAAAGCAGAACAAUGACCCCUCACCAGCUCCCCACCAUCCGACAGUUAACGUAGUGGGGUAUUUCUGAGCAGCUUCAACAUUGCAACACAUCCUCACCAGCAUGCCCAAACCAAAGCGCGUCGCCAUAAUCGGCGCCGGCCCCUCGGGUCUCGCAAUGGCCAAAACACUCUUACAGAACUUCCCCCCAGGAACAUUCAGCCCGGUGAUAUUCGAGAAGAAAUGGCGGAUAGGUGGUCUCUGGGCUGUAGACUACCCUUCUGCAUCGAUUUCAACAUCAAAACAUGCAGCCAGUUUGCCUUCUGAGCAUAAGUCUCGUGGCUUCGUGGACCCGUGGAUGAAGACGAACCUGAGUCGCUUCUCAGUUGCGUUUUCUGAUCUGUCGUGGGAGACGGCACUCGGUCGUCAGGAGGUUCCUGCUUUCCCGUGUGCGUGGGAGGUGCGCAGGUAUUUGGAGAAGUAUGUUGAGGUUUAUAUUCCUCGUGAAUGUCUGAGGUUGGGAAGCGGGGUUUUGAAUGUGAUACGGCGCGCGAAGGAUAAUACUAGGGAUAGGAUGGGGUGGAAGGUUUCUUGGGUGCAUGAUGGGGAGUGUGAAGGGCGAGAUCCAAGAGUCCAGACGGAUGAAUUUGAUUUCCUCGUCGUGGCAUCGGGCCACUUUGGGACCCCCAGUAUUCCAAAUAUACCCGGACUCGAGGACUUCCCUCGUACAGUCCACAGCUCGAAGCUGCAGAACCCAGAGGAUAUACGCAGUCUGCUUGGGAAAUCACCUAGAGGAAAACUAGUUGUCAUAGGCGGAAGCAUGUCAGGCGUCGAGGCCGCAAGCUCGCUAGCGCUUCACGUCUCCUCUUUGAACUUCAGCCCUGACUCUGCUGCUCAAGCUGGGAAUGGUUACGAAGUGUGGCAUGUCGGGUCUGGGCCGUUUUGGGUGCUGCCUACUUACCUGCCACAUCAAUACGCGGGCGGUUCCUCUGAAGGCUCGAUGCCGUUUGUGCCGCUUGAUCUAUCACUGUAUGACUUGGGACGGCGGCCGCCUGGAGCAAGCGAGUUUGUUUUCGGGCCCGUCUCGCCGGAACAAAUUUCGAAGAGGAACCUGUUCUUCCGAGACAUGGUUGGAAAGAACUAUGGCGAAUUCGGCGGCAUCAACAUUACUGAUGGUCAAGGGAAAGAGAACGAGCGGCCCCCGUGGGUGGGCAUAGCCGACUACUACACGGAGUACAUUCGAUCCGGGGCGAUCAAAACCGUGACAGGUCGGGCCUGUUCAGUCCUGCAGCUUGAUAAAGGGACAAUUGACAUCCAAACCCCUACCGGAGUAACAACCCUUACCGACGUUGCUGCGAUAGUAGUAGCAACAGGAUUCAAACCUUCCGACUCCCUCUCAUUCCUACCACAAGAUAUACUAUCCACGCUCGAAUACUCCAAAGAAGACCAUUUCCUCCCGCUCAUCCUAGACAGCUGGAGCAGCGCACACAGCGAGAUUCCAGACCUGGGCUUCGUCGGAUUCUACCGAGGCGCCUUCUGGGGCCCAGCAGAGCUACAAGCGCAAAACCUAGCUCAGACCUGGGCUACGAUUAAUUUGGAAAGUGAAAAGUCGACCUACCUAACAGCUGAAGAGCAGCUUUCAAGAGCGACAGAGAGGCAAAAGGUUCGUGAAUUCAGGGACUUCAAGCCCGUGGCGCUUCGCGGACAGUUCCCUUUAGGUGAUUAUGUGGGGUUAAUGGGCUCGCUUGCUCGGCGAGUACACCGUACUAGGGUUCCUAUUGAGAUAGGUCGUGGGGAUGUGCAGCCGGGUCCCGUCGUUCCUGCUCGAUACCCGGCAUAUUCCAUUGGACGAGACACUCAGUUAAGGGAUACUUCGCAGGAAGUGGAUAUAACAAUGAAAGCUUUGAGCAGUACUCUUUCUGCAGAGCCUGGCCACUGCGUGGGUACGGCAGCGGCAGUUUUCCGGGCGUUGCACGGCCAGUGGAGCUUUGAAAGAGUGAAGGCUCAUGACGAUAACCUUGGAGCUGUAUCGGGGAAGGUAGCCUUCCAUCCUCGGUACCCAUCCUGUUCAGACUACGCAGCGGAGUAUCUUUGCGAAGUGAAAGAUGACGACUCAAGGACUUCGACGUCAGUCUAUCGCCUAUGUGACACUUUCAGAUACCCCAAGCAAGCUGGGAUAAGCGUUUGGUCUGUGGGCGAAGAAAUAUCUCCAAACGCAGCUGGUGAGCUUGUAUCCGAGCUGCAAGUUGGCCCGGUAGGGAAGGUGCUCGAUUCAGGAGAAAUCCUCGUUGAAGCUAAAAGCACCAAUCAUAUAUAUGAGUUUUAUUUCGACCGCGUGGCCAUCACACGCUGGUCCCAUCGGGUUUUUCUGGACGGGAUUACCCAGUAUACGACGCAGUAUAGCCGACCCGCGGAUGCAUGACCCGACUCCGACCCGUUCCACGACUAUAAAGCAAUAAGAAAGCUAUAACCGUCGAUAUAAGGUGCGGCAGACGGAAUGAAAUGCGCGCGGCCAAGGCUGGUUGUGGCAGCUCCUGUCAGACCCACAGUGGAAUUGCUCCGCUGCGGGGAGAAUCCGGGGUAGAUAUCCAUAUCCACGAGCACCUCAUCUUACGAUAUAGACAUGGAGGUUACAGAAUACAUAAAGCAUUAGAAUAUGCCGCAUCGUGCCAUGGCAAUUCCUUCUAUUCUAUGAACUUGGACAAAUCUUGGAUAUUGGCGCUAUCUACUGCCAAUUCAACACUACAGUGCUGGUACUGAUUGACAUAUAACCUCCAGAGUACUUAUUUAGUU